ACUCGCUAUCGAUUCGUCAACGAAGAUGAAGUAUGAAGUUUAUGAAAGAUCUAGGUGAACGAAUUCCCGUGUCGCCAAAAAGAUGUAGAGUUUCUCGAUGCAAAUGAUCGAUGGGAGCCGCAAAAUAUCGUUUAGUUUAACCCUGCUCCUCCUUAUCGUUCGCAUCUCCACAAUACCGGCUUCAGAAAACGUGAAGAAAGCGACUCAACCGAAGCAGGACUUCAGUUCGAGUUCGGCAAGCUCUACGACGAUCGACGAUGCCAAAAGAAAUACCGUCGAUGUUAAAAGCAGUUCUGUCGCUAUGGAACCACCCAUCGAGGCCAUUUCCAAGUCCGACUCGAAGCCAUCCAGAAAACCCGAGCAAAAGAGAUCAAGUAAUGUCGGUCAAAACUCAGAAAUCAAGAGUCGCUGCAUAGAGUUCGAUACAAGGAAGGAUGCUACAGCAGAGUCCCUAAAAAAAUCCAGAGAAAGUGGCGAUAAUUCUCCGGUGCAUCGGGCCAGACAGGAAGAGUACGAAGAGAGCCUUGAAGACGAGGACUUGGAGGAGGUCGAUGCCGAAGAAGAGACGCGACGCUACCGCCCUCGUUAUCGUCUUCGCGCCAGCGAGGACGAGGUCCGAAGGAAGGACCUGAGGAAGAGAUACGAAGACGACGAGGAGGAGGAGGAGGACACCUAUCGAGCCUCGAAGCGUUUCGGACGACCCAAUCGGCAAGGACCGAAGGUCUGGGAUCAAUGGGGUAAAUGGUCCUCCUGUAGCGUCAGCUGUGGCGUUGGCAAGCUGACGAGGUGGCGACAUUGCAUCGGCGGAAGUUGCUCCCUGGGCGAGAAGGAAGCGCAAUUAAAGACUUGCACCUUUGCAGCCUGCUGAUAUCGGCCCAUUUUGUAACGAUACGUCCACUCCGCGUGGCGAUGUCUCGAAUAAAGUGGAUGUAAUAAAGCGCUCGUCUCUCUAUUGGUCCAGACCAGGAACUGAAGAUCUGGGAUCAGUGGGGGAAAUGGUCCUGCUGUAGUACAACUUGUGGGCCCGGCAGAUCCACCAGGUGGAGACAUUGCAUCGGUGGCGGAUGCGACUCCGGGGAAAAAGAGGCACAGCUCAGACGGUGCCAGAUAAAGCCUUGCUGAUGGGGCCAUGUAGACUUAUAAAGGAUCCUUCAUAGGUUGCUAAUAAAGGACGACCAUUCAUCGAAUAUCACCUGGCUUAGAAUUUAUCUUCGGUCGUCUCCAGCAACGGGUUCAAUAACGCUCGUGAAAAUAAGAGA